UGUGACCAACGGAGACGAAUCCCAGGUUGGACACUAUGUUGGGAUCCUGCAAUCAUCGUAUUAUACAGCUCAAGCGCUGACUAUCCUCCAUUGGAGUCGACUGUCUGAUCACAUUGGACGGAAGCCUUUGAUAUUGACCGCUCUGUUCGCGAUAGCAGUCUCAAUGUUCUCGUUCGGGCUGUCGAAAACAUAUGUCGGUCUGGUGAUCAGUCGUGUUUUCUGUGGGGCAUUCAAUGGGAGCAAUGGCAUCGUCAAAAGCAUGGUAAUGGACAUCACUGACACAACCAACUUGCCCAAGGCAUACGGUUAUAUGCCGCUCCCAUGGAUGUUGGGGGCCAUAGUUGGACCACUCAUCGGAGGAUCCCUCUCCCGACCCGCAGAUAGGUUCCCUGAAAUCUUCGGGCGAUCAGAACUCCUGAAAACCUACCCAUACCUCUUUCCAUGCGCUGUCCCAGCUAUACUUGCCUUGGUGGCUUGGUUAGUCACAUUUUUCCGAUUCAGAGAGCGUUUCAACAAAGGUACCACUUUGGGGCUAAUCAAAGGACUGUUCUCGCAGCAGUCAGAUGCACAACUUCCUAUACCACCGAACAAUACUCUGGCCAGUUCCGGGGAAGCAAACUCUGAAGAAGUCCCAUUAAAGCCACUUCCAUUGCGCGCCUCGCUGACACCAAAAGUCCUGACUGUAACAGCAAGUUAUGUCACUAUGGCUGUAUUUUAUAUGGCAUUUAACUCGAUCCUACCUCUGUUCUAUGCGACGCCCAUUGAACUCGGUGGUCUUUCCCUUGAUCCUCCCCGCAUCGGGGCUAUACUUGCAGUAUCAGGUAUCGCCCAUGGCGCAUUCCAGCUACUUUUCUACGCUCGUCUACAUGACCGCUUUGGCGCAGGAGCCAUUCAUACUGCCGGUUCCCGAGUUUAUGGAAUGUGUUUGACGGUGUGGUUAUGUGUUGCCGCUCAACAUGUGCUGACGACUAGCCUGAUGAUGUGCAAUCCUUGCUUGGUAUUGUUCAUCAGGGCAGCUGCUCCCAAUCGCGCCUCGCUUGGGGCAACCAAUGGAAUUAUCCAGAUGGUUGCCGCAGGAGCAAGGAUUAUUGCCCCAGCAUCUGCAACUUCGGUCUUCUCUUAUUCGAUCCAGGAAGGUCAUGAUGCGUGGCUGGUAUACUACUUCUUGAUGGUAAUUGUAUUUCUUGCUGUAGGUACUUCUCUAUUACUUCCUCGUAAUCCUAGUCUAUGGGAAGAUCGCCAGUAGUGUAACCAAGAGCGACCUGUAUGUUCAAGUUAUCCGCUCCUCUAUCAGUAGAUUUUCCGGGUCUAUGUAUAUGGUGCCACAAUUGUAUCCACACUUUUUUCUUCUUCUGAAUGACUGAGUUCCUG